AUGGAGCCCGAGGCGGCGCGGAGCGUGGGCUGGACGGCGCUGGUGCUGCUCUUCGCCGCCUCGCUGCUGACCGUCUCGGCCUGGCUGCUGCAGCUGGCGCGGGGCUUGUGGCGGGCCAGGGCCCGCGGGGGGCGGCGGCCCAGGGGGGCGGCGGCGGGCGCGGGGCUCUGGACGGCGCUGCUGCGCCUGGGCUGGGCCCGGCACGCCGCCGCCGCCGCCGCCCCCGAGACGGCCGGGGCCCGGGGCUUGCUGGCCGCGCUCUUCGCCUUCCGAGCCUUCCGCGAGAACUGGCGGCGAGCCUGGCUGCGCGCCCUCAACCAGCAGGCCCGACGGCACGGGAGCUCCAUCCAGAUUACCUUUGAGGACAGCCCUCAACUUCCCAGGGUCAACAUCGGCCACGUGAGCUGUGCUGACCAGACGGACCACAGCAUGGUGUUACAUUGCCACCUUUUGGCAGAUGCUGUUCAGUUCCCUGUUUCAGUCACUCAGCAGUCGCCGGCUGCUGUUUCUAUGGACACCUAUUACGUCACUUUGGCUGUGCUGCAGGCCCAGCUGGUGAUCCGUCUGGAGGAGGUGGAGGAGGAAGGCCUGCUGGUGUCCUGGGCCUUCAGGGACAGACCAGACUUGACCCUGACCGUCGCACCAAAGUUUCAGCUACAUGAAGACAACGAUGGGAAGGUAGACCUGUCCACCAUCAAGGAUUUGAUCGAGGACUCAGUCAUCAGUACUCAGCCGGCCAUGAUGGUCAAUCUGGAAGCCUGCGUCGCCGGUGGGAAGACGUCCUGCAAUAAGCGCACUCAGGGGUCCUCAUCUGGCACAGCAGCGACCCCCGCGCGCAGGCUGCUACUUCAGCAUCUGCGGGCCCUGCGCUUGGACUGCCAGGAGGCUCAAGGAGGCGGGCAGCUGUGCUGUGUGGCGGAGCUGGACAGCCCUCGGCAGCGGAAGCGGACCAAAGCGGUGCCGGCCAACAGCUCCAACCCCGCGGGCCAAGUGGAGUGGGCUGACAAACUCCUCCUGGAGCUCGGUCCGGGGAGCAAAGAGCUCACGCUGAGUGUGUUUGGGAGCAGCAGCACUGGCCAUGACACACUCGUGGGGUUUGCCACGGUCCCACUGGAUUCCCCCUCCCAAGAGCUGCAUGGGCAGCAACAGUACCUGCUGCACCCUGGGGCUGGCAAGAGGCUGCCCCCUGCAGCGGCCCUGAUGGUUGAGCUGCUCUACCAGGAGUCGCCAGAGCUUCAGCUGGCGUCUGCGCUGCGCACCAGCAUCACGCCCACCAAAAAGAUUGAGAUGGACCGCACCAUCAUGCCUGACGGCACCAUCGUCACCACGGUCACCACCGUCCAGUCCAGGCCCAAGAUGGACUGCAAACUUGAUUCCCCCUCGAGGUCCCCAUCAAAGGUGGAGGUGACGGAGAAGGUGACCACCAUGCUUCCAGAGGACAGCUGCCCAAGCAGCGCCUCGCCCACCAGUAGCAGAAGCAGCCACCUUUCGAACGGCUUGGACCCUGUCGCCGAAACAGCAAUCAGGCAGCUGACAGAAGCCACCAACCGACCGCUCAAGAAGACGCCGACCAAGCGCAGCACAUUGAUCAUCUCGGGGGUCUCCAAGGUACCUAUUGCCCAAGAUGAAAUGGCGCUCUCCCUUGGCUAUGCGGCAUCGCUGGAGGCCACGCUCCAUGAAGAUGCCAUCAUGGCUGGCAUGCUGGACCACACGCAGAGCACCGCGGAGCAGGAUGCCGCCUACUCAGCCCACAGGGCCAGUCAGGAGCUGGAUGAGACCACCCGCUCUGACAUCUCUGACAGACCCUCGGUGGAGGAUGUGGAAUCGGAGACUGGGUCCACGGGGGCUCUGGAGACCAGAAGCCUGAAAGACCACAAAGUGAAUUUUCUGCGGAGUGGCACCAAACUCAUUUUCCGAAGGAAGAACAAACAGAAGGAAGCAGGCCUCAGCCAGUCCCACGAUGACUUGCCAAACGCCAGUGCGAAUUUCGCCCCCAGGAAAAAAUCCGGCAGCUUCUCCCGGCGACUCAUCAAGCGCUUUUCCUUCAAGACCAAGCCGAAGGCCAACGGUGGCACUUUGGCAACAGACAAGCACUGAGUCGCUG